UUGAACACUCACAACGAAUCGAUAUCGAUAGUUUACUAGGGCAACCCUACCGGGGUUUGUUGUCAGCUGUUAUUGACGUAACUUUUACUUUCCAUCUAUUUUUUCUCGAAUCAGAAACAAACCAAUAAAAGGGCAAUUUGCACAUUAUCCAAAUGGUCCGCCCAGCAGUUGUAAACCUGGCCAAACGUGUGCCCCUCAUCCACUUCCGGAAAGGAGGCGCAGGUUCUGCAGCACCUGCAGGAAACCAGCAGGCAAGUUCCCAGCCAGCAGGAGGCAAAAAGGCGGCUGGAGGGCCAGCUAUCGAUGACUUCGAUCUUCCGGCUAGAUUUGCCCGCAAGCCCAUCUCUCCUGAAGAGGCCGAGUACAUUAACAACGGUGGACCCCCGAAUUAACAUUCUAGGGUUAAAAAUUGAAAUGUGUUUGAAAAUUUUAAGCUUCUUUGGCAGUCCUUGGGUCGCGCCACCAGCAAGCCCCAUAUGUUAAGUAAAGUGUUUAAAUUAAAAGGAGAAUUAAACUAAGACUAGUUGUACAAAGCCAAA